CACAUUCUGAUCUAUCCUAUCACACCGACCCUUUCCUUCCCUGCAAUUAUUUCCUUUGUUAGUUUCCUUUGUCACUCAUUCCCUUUGUUCCGAUUCUUAUGGUCUCGUUUCCUCUUCUCUGUACAUUAUUAUUUUUUUCAGCUUGGAUACCCGUGUUGGAGUCCGUGCUUUUUUUCAUUAUCUCCUUUGUUCAUUCUCUCUGCCUCGUUCACGACAGCAACAAAGGAAUUCGGCUCGGAUUUCUGGCGUUUAUCGUCCUACCGGUAACAGGUCAGGACUGGUUUGGUUGGGUUUGGUCAGGUCAGGUCCAGAGGGACCUCGGAUGGGACAGGACUCACGGCAAGGCAGGAUGGGAUAUGAUUCUAAGAGGCGUCUUGGUUAUAUGGUUUGCUUUGAUUUAUGAUUUCAUUUCAUUGCCUGUUAUUUCGCUUCUCUGUACUAUAUUUUCAGCUUUUUCCCCCGUUAUUUUUUGGUGUGUUGCUCUAGGUAUUCAGGUACCUAUUUGAGAUCUCAAUUUGAGACGUAUGUUCCCAUGCGUGCCUUGGUUUGGGCAUUUAUCCAUCUAUCCAUCUAUAUAUAUCUAUCUAAAUCUAUCGACGAAACUGUUGUGAUCGCGCAAUCUAGAUCGAAAUGGGAUUGCUCGAUUGCUUGAUGAAUUCAUUCAUGAUCGUGA